ACUGAAUCGUUUUGGUUUGAACGGCAAAUUACUUCCUUUAGACACUUAGUGUAUGUUAGUUAUUGUUUACAAUCGUGUAGUGUAAAUUUGCUCAUUAAGUAAUAUAAAAAUGGCUAUGCAAAGGAAAACUAAUGUGCGUUUACCCCCUGAGGUAAACCGAAUUUUAUAUGUUAGAAAUCUUCCUUAUAAAAUUACAGCAGAAGAAAUGUAUGAUAUUUUUGGAAAAUAUGGAGCCAUCAGACAGAUUAGAGUAGGAAACACACCAGAAACUCGAGGGACAGCUUUUGUUGUAUAUGAAGACAUCUUUGAUGCCAAAAAUGCUUGUGAUCACCUUUCUGGAUUUAAUGUUUGCAACCGUUAUUUAGUUGUACUCUACUAUCAAUCUAAUAAGGCAUUUAAGAAAGUAGACACAGAGAAGAAACAAGAAGAAAUUGAUAAAGUGAAGAAAAAGUAUGGCGUUGAAGACUGAAGACACAUAAAGUGCAUAACAUUGAUGCUUUUUUUUUUUUUUUUUGUAAAUAUCAUUUUCAUUCAGCAUCAAAUAUGUAUUCGUCUUUUUACACAUUCGAUAUUUGAAAUUACUUUAUGUAGAAAAUGAUAUAUAUAUAUUAAAUGUCAUUUUUGUUUUGGUAUAUAA